AAUCAGAAAAUUUCGCUGCAAGAACUUUGAUACUCCUUUGACCCUCCCUCUCUGAUAAUUAAUAAUAAAAAAUAAUAAAAUAAAAUAAAAUCGGCAGCAAAAUGGGAGAAGAGCAGAGCAUAGAUCAGUUCAAAGGCCAAUCUCGCCUCCCCAAAUUCGCCACCCCAAGGCGCUACGAUCUCAAGCUCAAGCCCGACCUCUCCACCUGCAAGUUCACCGGAACCCUAGACAUCACGGUCGAUGUCGUCGCCGACACUAGAUUCCUCGUCCUCAAUGCCGCCGAUCUCACCGUCGACAACGAUUCUAUCUGUUUUAGAGUUCCAGAAUCGUCCAAGGAGCUUUCCCCUUCGGAGGUUGUUUUGGUGGAAGAGGACGAGAUCUUGGUGUUAGGGUUUGAUGAUCGGCUUCCGAUUGGGGACGGUGUUUUGGGAAUUUCGUUUGCUGGAACCCUAAAUGAUCAGAUGAGAGGGUUUUAUAGAAGUACGUAUGAGUACAAUGGAGAGAAGAAGAACAUGGCGGUCACUCAGUUUGAGUCUGUCGAUGCCAGGCGAUGUUUUCCUUGCUGGGACGAGCCUGCAUUUAAGGCUAAUUUCAAGAUAUCAUUGGCUGUACCCACUGAGCUAGUAGCAUUGUCAAAUAUGCCAGUUAUUGAAGAAAAAGUUGAUGGGCCUGUGAAGACUCUUUAUUUCGAGGAGUCCCCAGUUAUGUCAACCUAUUUGGUUGCAAUGGUUGUUGGUUUGUUCGAUUAUGUAGAGGCUAUCUCACCAGAUGGAGUCACUGUUCGUGUAUAUUGUCAAGUUGGUAAGAGCAAUCAAGGGAAAUUUGCUCUGGAUGUCGCUGUGCGAACAUUGGAUCUGUACAAGAGAUAUUUUGAUGUGCCUUAUGUGCUCCCAAAAUUGGAUAUGGUCGCAAUUCCUGAUUUUGCUGCUGGGGCUAUGGAGAAUUAUGGCUUAGUUACAUAUAGGGAAACAGCUUUACUUUAUGAUGAUCUCCAUUCAGCAGCUUCGGGCAAACAAUCGGUAGUUAUUACUGUUGCUCAUGAAUUGGCACACCAAUGGUUCGGGAACCUUGUCACGAUGGAGUGGUGGACACAUUUGUGGCUUAACGAGGGAUUUGCCACAUGGAUGAGCUAUUUAGCAGCAGAUUCUUUAUUUCCCGAAUGGAAUAUUUGGAUUCAAUUUCUUGAUGACAAUAUUUCAGGUUUUAACCUUGAUGCACUUUCCGAAUCACAUCCUAUAGAGGUUGAUAUAAACCAUGCCAGUGAGGUUGAUGAAAUUUUUGACUCGAUAAGCUAUGACAAAGGAGCCUCUGUUAUUAGAAUGCUGCAAAGUUACCUUGGUGCUUCAUGUUUUCAGAAAUCACUGGCUUCAUAUAUAAAAAAAUAUGCUUAUUCAAAUGCUAAGACCGAAGAUCUAUGGGCUGUUCUUGAAGAGGAGUCUGGUGAACCUGUAAAGAUGAUAAUGAAUACAUGGACAAAGCAAAAGGGCUAUCCUGUUGUUUAUGUGACAGUUAAAGAUAAUGCUUUGGAGUUUGUACAGUCACAUUUCCUGGCAGACGGGUCUGUUGGUGAUGGACAAUGGAUUGUUCCAAUAACACUAUGUUGUAAUUCAUAUGAUAAUCAGAAAAAGAUUCUACUCAAAACAAAAUCUGAUAAGCUGGACAUUGGGGAGGUUAUUGGCUCUCCAAAUGGUAACACUACCUUGAUGGGUAAAAUCACCAACAUAAAAGAUGGACGCAAUUGGAUUAAGUUCAACGUUGACCAAACAGGCUUCUACAGGGUGAGUUAUGAUGCUGGGCUUGCAGCUGCACUCAUAAGCGCGAUAAAUGAAAAUCAGCUGUCUGCGAUGGAUAGAUAUGGUCUUUUAGAUGAUUCAUUUGCGUUGUGCAUGGCUUGCAAGCAGACAUUAUCAUCCUUGUUAUUGUUAUUGAAUGCUUACAGGAAAGAGCUUGAGUAUACUGUGCUGUCACACAUAAUCACUGUAAGUGGUAAAGUUGUAUAUGUGGCAGCUGAUGCCAUUCCUGAAUUGUUAGGUGAUAUCAAGCAAUUUUUUAUCGACCUUCUCAAAUUUUCUGCAGAAAAGUUAGGUUGGGAAUCUCGUGAUGGUGAAAGCCACUUAGAUGCUAUGUUAAGAGGGGAGCUAUUGACUGCACUUGCGAAGUUUGGACAUGAUAAAACUUUAAAGGAAGCGGCAAGACGUUUUGAUGCCUUCUUGAAUGAUAGAACUACAUCACUUCUACCUCCAGAUACAAGACAGGCAGCAUAUGUUGCUGUAAUGCAGGGUGUCACCAUGUGGGAUAAGUCAGGUUAUGAUUCUCUUUUAAGGAUAUACAGAGAGACUGAUCAAAGCGAGGAAAGAGAGCGAGUAUUACGUUCUUUGGGGUCUUGCCCUGAUCCAGAUAUUGUUCUUGAAGCCUUGAACUUCAUGUUGUCGCCGGAGGUUCGGAAUCAAGAUGUUGUUUAUGGGCUUCGAACUAGUUGGGGAGGGCGGGAAAUUGCAUGGGCGUGGUUGAAGGAUAAUUGGGAGUAUAUCUCAAAGACAUGGUCAGGAUCCUUGCUUUCCGGGUUUAUUAGUGCUAUUGUAACACCGUUUUGCUCUGAGGAGAAAGCUAAGGAAGUAGAAGAAUUUUUUGCUACUCGAGUGAAGCCAUCAAUCGCGAGGACACUAAAGCAGAGCCUUGAGAAGGUCAGAAUCAAUUCAAACUGGGUGCAGGGUAUUAUGAAUGAUAGUUCACUUGAGGAGGUGCUGAAGGGAUUGUUACCUGCUAAGCAGUAAACAGGAAUAAAAGGUGAGCAUUGAUAUGAAGUUGUACUAAGAUAAUACAAGAGCGAAUCGUAUGUGAAGAAAAUAAAGUGAAAAAGUGAAUUAUAUUCGAAAAAGUGAAUUAUGGUUGACUUUGUUUAUGAUAUGGAAGAAAAAGAGAGUUAAAAAGAGGGAAUAUUGUGUGUUCAAUGUAAGUGUUGACGAAUUUGGGGAGUGGGAAGCGGUGACAAAUUUGGGGCUUGCUGGUCCUGUAUA